CUCCGCCCAGAGUCCGUCUCAAUUCUCCAAGUUCCAAUCCUUUCCCCUUCUCGAAGAACUGGGAGCUGACUCGGUCGGUGUCUCUUCAAAUCACCUAGUUCCUUCUCGCUCACUCUCGCGCUGUCAGCUCUUCGCCGCGCGUGCGCACUUGCCCUCACCCUAGCCCCACCGUAGCGCGCGACCCCUGGGCUCGGAUUCCGGUGGUAGCGAGCCUCUCACGCGGCCCACACCUCCCCGAAACCCGAGCUAAGGCGUCCCCCUCCUCUCCAGGACCCGAACCGCGGCGCGAGGAUAAUGCUCUUCUACUCCUUUUUCAAGUCACUUGUGGGAAAGGAUGUUGUCGUGGAACUCAAGAAUGACUUGAGUAUCUGUGGGACCUUGCACUCUGUAGACCAGUAUCUCAACAUCAAACUAACAGAUAUCAGUGUUACAGACCCAGAGAAAUAUCCUCACAUGCUCUCUGUGAAAAACUGUUUUAUCCGGGGUUCUGUGGUCAGAUAUGUGCAGCUGCCAGCAGAUGAAGUUGACACCCAGCUAUUACAGGAUGCAGCUCGGAAGGAAGCUAUGCAGCAGAAACAGUAGUGACUGUUAUUAUUUUUAUGACAUUUCUUCCUCCAGCCCCUAGUUCAGGAUCCUUUUUUUUUAAAGGUUUUUUUCUGUUUGUUUUUUGAGGAGCAAGAAAUGUUUGUUAAAAGUAUAAUGCGGGGGAGAAGUUAUCCCCUGUGACAGGAAGAUUGGAUAGGGGAAUGGGGCGGGGGCGGGGGAGAAGUAUUGCACAAAAUAUUCAUCUUGUCUUCUUCCCAAACUGGUCCUUUCUCCUUGCUGGAAAAGUGAAAAUGGGUGGAAGGAAUUGGGACUGUCUCCCCAGGUGAGAGAUGUCUCUCAAAUUGGGGAGUAAAAAGAACCUGUCCCGCAUCGGGAAUAAAGUUUGAAACUUGGAGGUGUUUGUCUCUUUCAAGAUGCGAUUGAGAAUAUCAAAAUUACACUUUCUAGAGAAGGAGGCAGACUAAAAGAAAAAAUGAGGAUAUUUUCAGACCAUCCAUGCUUUUUAUUGUCUAUUUCCUUCCUCUACUUAGCUCUAAAUGACUAGUAAUUCAGGCAUUUAAAUCAAGAACUGAAAGGAAUUUCAGAAGUCAACUCGCUUCAAUCCUGUUCAUAUUAACAAAUGAGGAAGCUGAAGCCCAGAAAAAUUAAUUGACUUGCUCAAAGUCAAUGUCAAAGAUGGAAUUUGAGCUGAGGUUCUCUGACAGAAUUAGUAUGCUCCAUGUUUAACUUGUAUUGGAUUGCUUGCCAUCUUGGGGAGGAAGGCAGGGAUGGGAUGGGGGAGGAAGGGAGAAAGAAAGAAAAAAUUUUGAAACGCAAGGUUUUACAAAGAUGAAAGGUAUGCAUGUAUUAGGAAAAAUAAAAUACGAUUAAAUAAAAGUACAUGACUACAUAGGAAAAGGAAAAAAUUAGGAUGCUCAACAUUGUACCACCAUUUCCAGGGAACAUGCUACAGUGGAAAGAGUAUUUGGAUUCAAAUCCCAUUGAUUGAAUUGAUUUGUUACCAUUACCUUAGGCAAAUCACUCAACUUCUAUGGGAAUCAGUAUCUUCAUUUGCAAAAUGAGAGGGUUUAAUUAAUUACUUCUCAGGUCCCUUUUAGCUCUUUGUGAUCCAGUUUUUAUGGGCUUUACAUAAAGUCAGAACCUGACUAACCUAGAAAGGUGCUGUGUUAUUUUGCUACUAAUUGGUUUGUAGGGUUAUGGAUAGUCAAGAUUGCUGAUUGGGCUCCUCCCUAGGUUAAUUCUUUGCAUAUUAUCUCCUUUUAUUGGUUCUAAACAGUAUAAAUUGGGUCAUGACUACUAUAUGUCAAUUCUUUUACUUUUCUUUUAACCACCAUCAGAUUUCCUAUAGCAAUCAUCCUGAACCUUUUUUCAAGGUUCACUCCUCCCUGUAAACAGAAAAUGGUGAUUUGUUAAUAUAUUUGAUAAAAUUGAGAUUGUCUCAAA